CCUUUUUUCUUUUUUUUGACUCACGUGCACUGUGCACAUGGGCUGGCAAACCCAACAAGUUGGGCACACUUGGUCGUCAUUCUCAUCUUUGUUUCCUCUCUCCUUGUUUUUGGCAGUUCUUCUACUUCUACGCUACAGAAGAAACAACAAAGUCAAAAUAUUUCCAUAACGUUUUGAAGUUCUUCUCAAAAGCAAAUCUGGUGCCAAACAAAAGAAGAUGCAAUGGGAGCCUCCAGUGGACCAAGGCUUUCUGGGAUGCAGAAACAAGUCCUCAGUCUAUACAGAGGGUUUCUGAGGGCAGCCCGUGCAAAAUCUGCUGAAGAUCGACAGCAGAUUGAGUCACUUGUGUCAAGUGAGUUCCGCCGCAAUGCCAAGGAGGUAGACCGCAAAAAUUUCCUUUACAUUGAGUACUUGCUUCGCCGUGCUAAGAAACAGCUUGAUCAGCUCAGGAGCCCCGAUAUUGUUGGAUUAUCAGCCCUGAAUGUCAGUUUUUCGCAGACAAAACAUCCUACAAAUUGAAGUAAGAAUUUCAUCUAUUCUUCUUAUUUACUUGUCGAGCCAAAUUUAGUUUGAUCCAUCGUUUAAACAGAGUAACAGAGGGAAAUAAAUUUUUGGCUAAAAUUUCCAUGUUACUAUAAAAUUUCAAUGUAAGCUAUUCAGAAAGCUCUAAAUUGUGUGAUUCAUUGAUUGUCGUGGUCUUCUAAGGCUAUGUGUAUUGAUUAUCUUCCGGAUAAUGAUAAUAAUAGCUUAUUGGACAUUGUUGAUAGUUUCAAGUCCUGUUUUCUGUGUUGCUUAUUGUUCGUUAGAGGAUAAAUAAAGACCAAAGAUUGAUUUGUGACAAGUUGCGAUAGAAGAUUGUGGUUUGUUUGAUGGGAAUGGUAAGCAAAUAUUACUUUCGAAGACGGAUUAAUAAAAUGAUACAUAGAAAUAUAAUUCAAAGUUGCAUUUAGUAUUAACAAACUUGAAAUAAUAAAAAAUAUCCUGCGAAUGUGCCUCCCCAUCGUCCCCAACUUAAUGGCUCACUAAAGCAAGACCCAAAAAACAAAACUGCAACAAACUAAGAAAUGGAGAAGACAAUAAAGCCCAGAAGAGCAAACAAGGAAAAGAACCCAA